AUGGCUCCUUCAAAAGAAGUAGCCGCUGCCGGCUCAAAGGCCGUGGUUUCAAUUGAUUCCGCCCAGACCCUCAAAGCUUCAAAAGCUCUCCUCGCACACAUCAAAAAGGCCUCCAAGGAACAGACCGAGGCCUCGUCCAAGCGCAACAUCCUCGAAGACGACGUCGACGCGGAAAAGACCGUCUGGCUGACGCUCACCACCAAGCGACACAUCUCCGACAAGGCCCGCCUGCAGCCCGGCAAGAUCCCGCUGCCGCACAGCCUCAACGCCUCGGCCGAGACCACCGUCUGCCUCAUCACCGCCGACCCGCAGCGGGCGUACAAGAACAUUGUCGCCUCGGACGAGUUCCCCGCCGAGCUGCGCAAGAAGGUGACCCGCGUCAUCGACGUCACCAAGCUCAAGGCGAAGUUCAGCCAGUACGAGGCCCAGCGCAAGCUCUUCGCUGAGCACGAUGUUUUCCUUGGUGACGACCGCAUCAUCAACCGUCUGCCCAAAAUCCUCGGCAAGACCUUUUACAAGUCCACCCUCAAGCGCCCUAUCCCCGUCGUCCUGAAGCCCAAGGCCCGCAAGGUCGACGGCAAGAAGACCAAGCCCCAGAAGAAGGAGGGCGAGGUCAACGCCGGCUCUGCCGCUGAGAUUGCAAAGGAGAUUGAAAAGGCCCUGUCUUCGGCCCUCGUCAGCCUCUCCCCGACCACAAACACCGCCGUCCGCGUGGGCUUCUCCGACUGGACCCCCGAGCAGCUGGCCGCCAACAUCGAGACCGUCGCCGCCGCCAUGGUCGACAAGUGGGUGCCCCAGCAGUGGCGCAACGUCAAGAGCAUCUACAUCAAGGGCCCCGAGACCGCCGCCCUGCCCAUCUGGCUGACCGACGAGCUCUGGCUGGACGACAAGGACGUCAUUGCCGACGCUGAGGGUGAGGCUAAGAAACUCAAGGCUGCUGAAAAGGCCAACAUUGGCAAGAAGCGCAAGACUACCGACGACAGCGCCGAGCAGCAGGCUGAUGCCCCCGCGGCCAAGAAGGCCAAGAAGGCCGCCAAGGAGAGCAAACCCAAGGCGGAGAGCAACGACGACAAGCUGGACAAGCAAAUCUCAGAUCGUAAGUUGAGGCUGAGAAGCGCAAAGGCCGCAGCUAAGAAGGCAGUGGAAGAGUAA